AUGCGGAAGAGGAUGAAGAAUCAGGAGCCCAGCAAGACCUUGAACAUGAUCCAUUCCGUGAUGGGGAUUUGCAAUCGCAUCUCCAAAUGGCGAGAACGUCCGUCCUUCUCGGUUCGUCGCGCUAGAGCAGCAUCGCUUGCUGCCGCCAACAGAGAACGUCAGUCGUCGAUGCAACGGACAAAACUGUUCACAGUUGUGUGAGUAUUUUUAGGUUUUUUGGGCCAUCUUGCAAGGGGAUUUGCAAGUGCUGCGACAGAUAUUUUUAUUAGAAUUGACUUGGGUUUUUGAAAUAGGGGUUUUUUUCACUUGGAGAAGGAGGCAUUUUGCCACAUUUUUGAUACGUCUCAGAUGCAAAAUGGUUUGUUUUUUGCCACAGGAUCUGGUCCCCCACUGUAUUUGCCUUCAAAAAAGGUCCUUGAAUGUUGAUGCACGGUGCAAAUGUACUGUCCAUAAAACAAAGUCCAUAAAAGUUUUCGCGGGCUGCUUGCCUAAAAAAGUGCAUGUGACUUGUGAAAAAACGGGAAAUCGCAGCGGCGCGGGCGAAAAAACAUUCUGCACAGGUUCUACGGACUUUAUGGCGCGACUAGUAUCUAUUCUGAGCCCCUACCCUUCCCCAUGCAGAAGCGACGAACGCCAUCAUCAAAAACCUCAGUCCUUCGUGCAUUGAAAUCUUAUUCUACAGUGACGCAAGAAGGGUGUUAUGUGGCAAAAUACCUCCCUCUCCAAGUGGAAAAACUCCGAUUUCAAAGCGCUCGCUCUUUUUGUGCGGGAGAGGCGCGCGUCCUUCAAAAUGGAGUUUCUUUAGUUGGAGAGGGAGGCAUUUUGCCACAUUUUUUGAUACUUUCCUCAUACAAAAUGGUACGUUUUUUGCCGCUGGAUCAGGUCAGUCACUGUACUUGUACUGGUAGCGUCAUAGAGCCUUCAGAAUUUUGCGUUUUUUUGUCCACGCCGCUGCGACUUUCUUUAUGGCGCAAUUAGUAUUCAUACGACAUACGAUGACUUGCAAAUUUCAUUUUAGACGACCAUUUUUCUCAGCCCCCAACCCCUUAAUUUUCAGUCAUCCCAAGACCGGCAAAGAAGUGGUCAAAGAGCCGAAGCCGGAGUUCGCCCGCGCCGUCCGCUUCCAGGACGAUGUUGUGAAUGUGCGCGAGCUCGACUUUGAAGACCUGGAGAAGUCGCAUUACUACGAAGACAAUAGUAUUGAGAUGAAACAGAUCGCUCCGACGGACACGGCGGACGCGGCGAUUUACAGCUACCUGAAGAAGGUCAACUUCUCCAUAACGAGUUUGGGUCAGAAGUUCAAGGUAAAUUUGAUGACAAAACUUGAGUACUAUCGGCCUGUCGGGGAAAUAGUGGCGGAUCGCCGCAGCAAAAUGUUUCAAAUGUUUCGCCUCGUCGAAGGAAGGGUGACGCACGUCAAACCGAGACAAGCUAAAACAGUCCGAUGAAUGGAUUGGUAAUUUGCCAAAAAAGACGCGAAAAAACGUUUUGUCGGGGAAGAAAUGGAGAAAUUUUGGGGCGAGAGAGUACGCUUUUGCGUGUCUUUUUCUCUCUUUCUCUGGGAAAUCAAGACGACGUGUAAAAAGCCAAUAGCAAAGGGUCUAUUCCGGUCACCGGACUCCUCAGUUUGACGCGUGCGCGCACCAAAUUUAUAGUGUGACUAGCCGUCGCAAAGCGAUGACGGGCGCUUCCAAAGCACGACGACCCGCCAUUAUUUUCCUGACAGACUGAUAUGUACCCAAAAAGUUCUGCUUAUUUACCGCGGCCCCAAAUUCUGUCGGACUCUAAAAAAAUGAUUUGUCGCUUCGAAAAAUGAGUAUUUUGCGCUGUCAAUCUGUCGGGAAAGUAAUGAGGACAAUGUCGCUGCGCCGAUCGCGUCGCUGAAGUCAAAAACAACUUCAUUUUGCCGCGACGCAAUUCAUUUUUUCGGUGGCGAUGCGAUUAUCGAUGCGGCAGAGCGCUCAUUAAUUCUCCUACUGAUAGUACAAAGAGUUUUUCCAGCCAAUCUACGAGAUCCCCUACAACUCCAUUCGACGUUGGCAACUGUUGGUGGCCAGAUGCGAAGAGCCGAUUGAUUGUGAUCUGUAUCCGGGAGAGGGUCUGAUGCCAGAUCAGCGAGUUCAUGUGGUGAUGCUAAAAGGAGCGCCGGAGGCGGUCUUGGAGAGGUGUAAUCAGUACAUGCGAGAUGAUGGGAUCUUCGACAUCGGGCCGGUCUUCGAAAAGGACUUUCAUGUGGGUUUUUGAAAACAAAAAUGUUUGUGGAAACUUCCGCUAUUAACAUGACACCUUUUAUGAUCCAAUUUUAUUUUCCAGCUCACUCUGGAGGCCUUCAGCAAGCACGGCGGCCGAGUUGUGGCGUUCGCGCUGAAAUUCUUCGUCACGGACAAGGACGGGAAAAUCAGCGCCGCCCAAGACACGUUUCCCCAACAUAACCUCGUUUUCCUGGGCAUGGCCUCGCUGAUUGAUCCGCCCCGCGUCGACAGCCACGCCGCCAUCAAGAUGUGCAAGGAGGCGGGCCUCAAAAUCCACAUCAUCACCGGCGACCACCCCAUUUCGGCGAUGGCGUUGGCGUGCCGCAUCGGGCUGAUCGACCAGAAAAUCGAGAACAUUAAAAUGCAAUGCGAACGGGACUUCGACUCGAAAUACGGGAAUGACUGGGCGGUGGUGCAUGGCAGGACCAUUGAUGAAAUGACAGAGGCCAAUUGGGACAUGCUGCUGGCCAAACCGUAUAUUGUGUUUGCGAGGUGAGAAAAUCGAAGUGUUUGUGAAGAUCAGUUUGUCUGGAAAAUAAUGAGCGCAAUGUUGUUGCGCCUACCGCGUCGCUUAAGUGAAAAGCAAUUUGACUUUUUCGCGAUGCAAUUCAUUUUCUCGGCGGCGAUGCGAUUUUCGAUGCGGCAAAGUGCUCAUUGUUUUCCCGACAAGCUGAAAAUUGUGGGCAGAAAGAUUGAUAUUAAUGAACAGGUUGUAAUACUAGGCAUUCGUUUCAAAAAGUCGUGAGAAGCGGUUUUUGCGCGUCGCUGCUAAAAUAGCAGAGGAAAGUGCUCUGCACAGUGAAUCUUUAUCUAAAACAACCAUUUUGCACAGUGCGUAGUUGGGUUUUUUUUAUCAGUCUGUCGGAAAAAUAACGGCGGAUCAUCGCGCCUCGGAAUCGCCCAUCAUCGCUUUGCGACUUCAAGCCGCGGCUGGGGAUUUGGUGCGCGAUAGCGGCGAGGCGAGACACUUUGAUGCGACGAUCCGCCGUUAUUUUCCCGACAGAUUGAUACGUCGCAUGCGAUGCCCAUUUUUCGCAUUUUUCGCAGCGACAAAUUGAUCGUUUUUCGGAGUGCGAAGGAACUUGGGGCCGCGAUAAAUUCAAUUUUUGCCGCGAAUAUCAGUCUGUCGGGAAAAUAAUGAACACUGUGUCGCAUCGAAAAUCGCACCGCUGAAAUGAAAAGCAAUUUGAUUUUGCCGCGACACGAUUUAUUUUCUCAGCGGCGAUACGAUUUUUGUUGCGACAGAGUGCUCAUUAUUUUCCCGACAGACUGAUAGUAAACAUCUUUUCAAUGUCUGCGAUAAAGAAGCCACUCUAAACCAUCUUUUUCAGAACCACAUCGGAGCAGUCAAUGCUGAUCGUCGAAGCUUGCCAACGCCGCGACGAGAUUGUCGCGCUGACCGGCGGUUGCGUCAACGACGCUCCAGCCAUUUCUCAAGCCAAUAUUGGGAUCUCCACGAAGUCGUUUAGUAAGUACGCCAAUUGCCGGGGUUCCAACUCCGCUUUCAGGUACGGACAUUGCGCGAAGAGCGGCGGACAUCAUGCUGGACAACAACAGCUUUGGCGCCAUAACGCACGGCGUGGCCGAGGGGCGGAUUCUGUUCGAAAAUAUGCAAUUGUCGAUUGCGUAUACGCUGGCCCAUUUGUGGCCAGAAGUUUGUCCGAUUAUUCUGAAUUUUACGCUAGGACUUCCACUUGGCCUUUCGCCGCUUCAGGUAAAAUACGGAUUCUUCUUCAAAAUUUUGAAUUCUCAUUUUUUUCGAUUCAUUGAAUCGCAAAGCGUUUUUUUUUCUGAAAUUUAAUUUUUUUUGGUGCAAAAAAUAUGAAGCAAAGAUAUGAAUUUUUAAUUAUUUUUUUUUUUUCACGUCGUGACUUUUCGGGUCAAUACAAAGCCGAUCGAUACAAGCCUCGAAUACUAAAAAAAGUUAGGAGGCGGAGAGAAAAGAAAGGUAUAUGAGGUGUCUACGAGGCCUGUGAAGGCCGUUGAAUGACCGGCGGACGUUCGGCGAAGGCUCAGCGGAGACCUGGCCUCCGCCAAGUCUCCGCUGAGGUCUAAAAGCUUUCCUAGGGCCCGAUCAAUUUAAUUAUUUCUACUAACUAUGCCUUCUCCAAGCUUUCCCCAUACAAUGACAAAUUUACGCACCCCAUGGUAUCGUCGGCACAAACUGCCGUUGACCCGAAAAGUCGUAGCGCCAUUUUUUCAAAAUUUGCUAUUUCCGAUUUUCUCCAUUUCUCUAAUUUUGCCGCACUUCAGAUCCUAAGCAUUGAUCUGGCCUGUGAAUUGCCUCCGGCCAUUUCUCUAGCCUACGAGAAGCCCGAACGGGACAUCAUGAAAUGUCCGCCAAGAUCGAAAAAGGAGACUUUGGUUAGUGCCGCAUUAAUGAUCUACAGUUAUGUCUGCAUCGGGACGUUGAUUACAAUUGGCAGCUUUGCGGCGUAUUUUAGUGUUUAUUAGUAAGUUUAGUUUUAAAGUUGAAACGUUUUUGAGAUGCUUCGUCGACACACUACUGAUUGAAAAAACGAUUUUAGAUAUCAAAAUUCUUUCGGACGAAUUUUUGGAGGACAAACUUGGUCUCAAAACUCAAGAAAAGUUUUUCCGGACUAUGAAGCAAGGUUUUACUUUUCUCGGCUAGCCAAGAAAAGUCAGCCAAAGAUUUUCUCCAAAUAUUCUAUUUGCAACAAAACGCCACAUUAAUUAAAUGUCGGUCACAAAAUCUUCGGCUACGCUGAGUCCCCAUUUUGCAAACUUGCUUUCUGCCCUAAGUUCCAUUCAAGCACCAUCGGAAGUAUUAUGGCGUAUCUGGCCAUGAAUGAGGGCAUCUAUCUUUUGGCCGUAGGUAUCUGCAAGCUGUAAGGAGUUGGCGCGCCGCAAGAAUAACCUUGGUCCCCGCUUACCUUCAUUUUUAUCCUCCCCUCCUAAAGAUGCGUCCUUGUGCUCGCUUAGACAACCAAGUCAGUUUUUCACAACGAUUCUCCAACUCAUCUUUUUUUUUCAGCUCCCACGGCCUCCCUCCCACGUCUCUGCUCUUCUCGCACACCGAUUUUUGGCACGGUGAAGCCGAAAACUUGACCACUCCACUAUCAGACGUUGUCAUGACCGCCGACCAUCAAAUGGAGGUACGGGGACAAGCGGCGGCGGCCUACCAAAUCACCCUAGUCAUGGCGCAAGUGUUCCACAUUUUCAUGUGCACAACGCGUCGUGUGUCGCUGUUCCGGCACGGCCUCACCAGUUAUGCCGUGUUUUUGGCGGUCUUCAUCGAGGUCAGCAUCCUGUGUUUGCUGAUCUACACGCCGGCGUUGCGGCAUCUGCUGGGGAUUUCGGUCCCGCCCCGCUUUGUGUGGGCGUUCGGGCCGGCGGUUGGUGUUGUGUUGUUGGUGUUUACGGAGAUCCGGAAGUAUCUGAUAAGGCACGCCGAGAAGAAUGCGUGGUAUAAAACGUUCGAGUUUUAG